GCCUUCCUGCGGCCGCGCGCCGCCGGCGGCCCCGGCGCUGCUGCCCCGGCCCGGCCCCGAGCGCGGCUCCCGCUGCUGCUGGGGAGGGGGGGGGCGGGCGGGCGUCAUAUCGCGACUUAUCGCCGCCCUAUCGCGGCGUAUCUCUCCCGGCUAUGGCCCAUUCGGCUCCUCUCGGCCUCCUGGAGCAGGGCUGCCCCAUCCAGGUGGAGCACGAUCGCAAGCGGCGGCAGUUCACCGUGCGGCUCAACGGUUGCCACGACAGGGCAGUGCUGCUCUACGAGUACGUGGGGAAGCGGAUCGUGGACUUGCAGCACACGGAGGUCCCGGAUGCCUACCGAGGAAGGGGAAUAGCCAAGCACCUGGCGAAGGCAGCCUUGGACUUUGUGGUGGAGGAGGACCUGAAAGCUCACCUGACGUGCUGGUACAUUCAGAAAUACGUCAAGGAGAACCCGCUGCCGCAGUACCUGGAACACUUGCAGCCUUAAGGCAGGGCAGCUCCCGCCACCAGCACGCCUGUCCCUGACUGUUCAACGCGGCCUUCGCUUCUCUGCAGUCUCAGGAAACCCCCUUCCGCACUCACAAUUCCCUUUUUUUUGUUGUUUUUUUGUUUUUAAAGCGUGUCCAUGUGGCGCACGAGCGUGGGCACAACCUCCUCCUCCCUGCCCACGUGCGAGCAUGGCUGCGGCCCCUGCACUCCGGGCACGUUAUGUGCCCCCCGGUGCUUUUCAUCCCGAGCCAGAGGGUGGAAGAGGAUGAUUUUUGCCCCAAACUCCAUCACGAGAGCAGGGGAUGACUCUGUCUGCGCCUCGUCCUCUCUCCUCUGCUUGGCAACAGCUGUGAACUUGCUGGGGGAUGUUGGUUAGGGGAGAAUUGUGGGGUCCCAGCCCCCUUUCCUCCUGCAGCUGGGGGAGAUGCUGUGGAUUAAGCCUCGUGGAGCAGAGGGAGGUGCUGGAGGAGCCCCAGCCCCGUGGCAGGAACAUCUCCUGCAGCAAGAACAUCUGCUGAGCGCCGAGCUUUGCCCGAAGCCCCAUGGGGUGCAGCUGAAACCGUGUGGGCAGCGGUGGUGCGGAGAUGCUGAGACACUGAGACCUCUGAGCCGGGAGAGAGGAGCUGCGUGGGGACCAGGCAUCAUCUGCAGAGGCUGUGGCAGUGCAUUCGGAGGGAGAAACACGGCGUUGUGGUGGGUUAAUGCUCUUGGAGGUGCCAGCUUUUGCCUGAUCUUCUGGACACAGCCCCACACAGCAUCCCGCAGGGUCCCCGGCUGUCGUUCUGUCUGUGCUGCCUGCUGGUGAGGGCACAGCCUGCCCAGAAGUGCAGCCCCAGGGUGGUUUCCUGCAUAGCUGAAGAGGAAGGCUCCUCGCAUCUCCUUCAUCUCCAGAUCUCCACCUGUCUGUGCCUCGGAUCCAAAGGUCUGAGCCGACACCACAUCCUGAGAGCAGCAGGGCUGAGGCCUCAGGGAUCUGGUCCCGUCUCCAGGGCUCGAUGCUGGAGCCACCCAGCUCCGUGUGGAUGCUGUUCACUCCUCACGGCCUUUGGAAAGCAGCCCUGAUGCAGGGCAUUGCCCCUCUGCUCACCGGCCCCCUCGCAGCCCCGUGCCCGGGGUGCUGGCAGCGUGCUGGGGUGGAACGCCCUCGCCGUGCACCGCUACCUCCGCGGGCAGUGACCCCGUGCACGGCUCAGCAUUGCUGCAGUCGGACGUAGAGGUAAUGCCGUGACAGCAGGGCGCUGCUCAGCUCCUGUUUGCCACCUCUUCUGCCUCGUUUGGGCUUUUCUGAGCGAGACCCCAGAGGUUUUCACCCCCAGCUCUCAGGAUUUUGUGAGGCACCGGGGCUGGGCUGCUCGGUCAGCAGCUGGGGGCUGCAGGCAGGCAGCAGGAGAUGAAGAGCCUUUCACCCGGAGCUCAGAUCCAAACUUAGCUUAUCUCUCAGCAGGGACUAAAGUUUACAACCUGUGCCACGGGCUGAAUGAAGCCUGGGGCCAGGCAGCGGCUCAGCUCCUUUCCCAGAGCCAGAGGAGGCAAAGGAAAAAGCUCCCGCAGCUUCUGCUCCUGGGUGGGUCAGCUGGAGAUAGAGACCCCGUGUCCAAUGUUAGCCAGGGAGGUCCUGAUCUCUUCUGGCCACCUUCCUGUGCUUGCAGGCUGCCUGCUGCCAACAUAACGCAGUUUUCUGCACACUGGCUUGAGUCAAACCUCCUGAGCUCUGCCCCUGCCGCAGCGCUGAGACCCCUGCCCGUUUUUACCACCCACCUUGGCAGGGACCUGUGCCGAAAGGCACCAGGCGCAGCGCCGUCUCUGCCCUCUUGCUGCCUCUCUCAGCAUGGCUGCAGCCUUCAGGAUGGCUUCGAGGGGCUGGGGAAGGGUCAUGGGUAAAGAACUGAAGAAAAGCGGCCCGAGAAGACAGCCAGGCUGCUAAACACUUGCUUUUUAACAUGGAAAACGCUUUGACAUCUAGUUCCAGGAGCAAGGCUGGCUCUGUUACAGCCAAGCGAUGACAGAACCAUCCCUGCUCUGGGUCCCAAAGUGAAGCUGAGUGAAGCCAAGCCAAGCCACCGUUGCACCUGCGUUGCAGCAGGGCUGGGUGCUCGAAGAGAUCUGUGCCUGGGUGCCUCCUAGGAGCAAUAGCACGAGCCUUGGUUUUGGGUUUGCGCAGGUUCCCACUGUGUGGCAGCUCCCAGGAGCUCCCCAUCUCCAUGGAGGAUGCACAGGCAGGGCUCAGCGUCCCUGCAGCCCUUCGUGCUGCUCCAGCAGGACCCUUGUGCUUCCCAGUGCUGGAUCGUGAGCGGCAAUCACUGCCUUAAAUCAGGCACAGUACAUGGAUUUGCUGCCGCAUCCCUUCGAGGUGCUACAACCCCUCCGGUGUCCGACCCGACGGAGAUGUGCCGGUUUCCGUGCCAACUGUUUUACUGCUGUACCCAUCCUCCUGCCCCAGCCCCGUGCCGUUUGAGGUCGGCAAAAAGCAAUACCCACCGGUCACCAGCGAUGCCACCAGCCGCUGCGCCGCUCAUCCCUGCGGGAAGGAGCUCCCUGCGCUGCCCCUUGGUGCUGACCCAGCCUGGAAGAGCCGGGAUCCUGAACUCUCUCCGGCGACAGGAGCGUGGAAGUGGUGUGGUUGAACAGUGAGGUUCCCCAAGCCUGUUUGAACUACAGACUUUCAUGGGUGGGGAGAUACAAAUCGCUGUCAAAGCCGCUUCCACCUCGCCCAACUUGAAACUCCCCCUCCCUCAUCCGCUUCCCAGCGUUGUCUUCCUCUGUCUGAGGUUUCUGUUCUGUUCAAUUUGGUGGUUACGAUGUGCCUUUCCUUCUCAGGACCUGUUACAAACGACCUUUCUGCUUUUGUUUCUAACAUUUAUCUUUAUCCCUCCUCUGUCAUACUAUAAAACAUGAACAUAUUGCAUGGAAUACAGUACAAUAAAAAGUGUGGCUUAACUCAG